AAGGUGUUUUAACACUACACUUCGAAUAAAUAACGCAGCAAAAGUGAGAGAGAGAGACACAGAAAGAACGACAGGAAUUGAGACGACGACCAUAACAGAGUUAAUUAGAGUAUGAGUGGUGCUCCUGUUAAAAGAUCGCAUGAAGAGGGUGUUUAUUCUUCUUCUUCAAAAUACCCUCCACAUGAGGACACAGGUUCAAACCCUAAGCUGACAUCUGGGGUUUCAAAUGAGUACCAUCCACCAUAUGAGAUGGGUCCAGAUGCUCGGGUGGCAAAGAUUUCCAGAACUGAGUCUCGAGAUGCAGAUAGAAGAUCACCUUUGCAUUCAAUGUACCGAAUGUCGCCAUCUUCAAAUGAAUCACACAUGGAUACUCAUUCUAAUGUUGCUCCUGAAAGCAGGCUUGAAUCAAGGGAUUCCAAGGACAGCAGAGAUCACAGGAUUGAAAACCGUGACCCAAGGACUGAUGCAAGAGAGGUGUAUGGUGAGGUAAAGAGGGAUUCACAAAGCGUUAAAAAUGAAAAGGAUGUGAGGUUUGAUAGUAGAGGGGAUGACAAUAAGGAAGUAAAGCAUGACAGGGAGGCUCAUAUUGAUCCAAAGGAUGGUUUUGGUGCAGCAAGUAGUCAAGUGAAUUGGAAGGAAUCCAAAGAAUACCAUAGAGGAAAGAGAUAUUUGGAAUCCCCAGGUGGACAUGUUGAUCCUUGGCAUAUAUCACGUGGUAAUUCCCAAGGUCCAGCUGAGAUAGGAAAGGAAAGCACUAACAUUGAGGAGAGGGAUCAUGUGGAAGCUCAUGAGGCAGUUGGUGAAAAUAAACUUGAUUCAAAAGGUGAGGAAAGAUUUAAAGACAAGGAUAGGAAGCGGAAAGAUUUAAAGCACCGGGAAUGGGGAGACAGAGAUAAGGAAAGAAGCGACCGAAGGGGAAACAUGCAAGUAGGCAACAGUAGUGCUGAGGGCAAGGAGUCAGUGAAGGAAGAGAGAGAAGCAGAGAGGUGGGAGCGGGAGAGGAAGGACCUGUCAAAAGACAGGGAAAGGUUAAAAGAGAGGGAGAAGGACCACUUAAAGAGAGAAUCAGGAGCUGGAGCUGAAAAAGAGAGUUUGCACAAUGAAAAGGAAUCUGCGGAUGGAACUGUAAGAAUCUCAGAACAGGAAAAUCCAGUUUUAGAGCCUAAAAAACAGAAAGAUUUUGAUAACUGGAAAAAUGUUGAUAGAGAAGCUAAAGAUAGAAAGAAAGAAAGAGAAGCUGACAUAGAAGGAGAUAGACCUGAGAAGGGAAGCAGGAUGUUUGGCAAAGAAUCUGAUGAUGGAUUUGUGGAUGGGGAAAGGAUUAGUGAAAGAGAAAGAGAAGUUUUUAACUAUGGAGUCCAACAGCGUAAGAGGAUGCUUCGGCCUAGGGGUAGCUCACAAGUGGCAAAUCGUGAACCCCGUUUUAGGUCCCAUACCCAGGACACUGAAGGAUGUCAAGGCAAAUCUGAGGUAUCCUCUGUUGUUUAUAAAGUUGGUGAAUGCAUGCAAGAGCUGAUAAAGUUAUGGAAGGAGUAUGAAUCAUCUCAAUCUGAUAAAAAUGGUGAAAGUAGUCAUAAGGGCCCCACUCUUGAAAUUCGAAUACCAGCAGAACAUGUUACUGCUACAAAUCGCCAAGUAAGAGGUGGACAAUUAUGGGGGACGGAUAUAUACACAGAUGAUUCGGAUCUUGUUGCUGUUCUCAUGCAUACAGGCUACUGCCGUCCCACUGCUUCUCCUCCUCCACCUGCCAUCCAAGAGUUAUGUGCUACUAUAAGAGUGUUGCCUCCACAAGAUAGCUACACAUCUAUGCUGAGAAAUAAUGUUCGCUCACGUGCUUGGGGAGCUGGAAUCGGUUGUAGUUACCGUGUUGAGCGUUGCUGCAUUGUGAAGAAAGGAGGUGGAACCAUUGAUCUUGAGCCCUGUCUAACACAUACAUCAGCUGUUGAACCCACCCUUGCUCCUGUGGUUGUUGAACGUACAAUGACUACGCGCGCAGCAGCUUCGGUAUGACAUUGCCAUAUUUCUUCCAAUACC